AUGAUGUUUUCGAGUGUGCGCAUGUUUCCCGCGCAGCUAGGGGUUCCGGCAGAAUCCGGCUGCUGUGUAGCUUCAGUUGGCCGGCUGGCAGUGUGGCGGAAGGUUGCACGCUCUCGCUCCGUCUACUCCCUCGUGCUCCACCCCCACGUUUGGAAAGCUUCCCAAGCCAACACCCCAGAGGAGUGUUUCUCUUUGCUGUUUGUGGAUGAGAUCAUCAACGAAAUGGUGCAGUGGACAAACCAGAAAAUAAACAUCAGCGCAGCAAAAUACAAGCAUCAUAACGCCACCAUACAACCAACAACACCUGAGGAGAUUCGUGCCAUGCUUGGGGUCCUUAUCUUCAGUGGGUACAGGAGAGAUAACCACCUCUCCACUAAGGAUACCUGGAGCCCUUCAGUUGGCUCCUGUUUCUAUAGAGCAGCUAUGUCUGAGGGACGGUUUACUUUCCUCCUCAACUGCCUACGCUUUGAUGACGCAGACACCAGGGAACAGCGAAGAGAAACAGACAAGUUUACCCCGAUCAGGAAGGUGUGGGAUAUUUUCAUCGAGGCCUGUGGCACCCAUUAUAUGCCACACGAGUUCCUGACCGUCGAUGAACAGCUGCUUGCCUUCCGUGGCCGCUGCCCUUUCCGCAUGUACAUUCCCAACAAACCAGCCAAGUAUGGCAUCAAGAUUGUCAUGGUCAACGAUGUCAACAGCAAGUACAUGCUGUCGGGGAUCCCCUAUCUUGGGAAGCAGGGGACACGGGCCAGAGACGGGCAAAACCUUGGCCACUCCUUCACCAAGGAACUCACUGAGCGUUACCACAACACCAACAGGAAUGUCACAACUGACAAUUGGUUUACCUCAGUGCCACUCAUACAGGACAUGCUGCACAAUUGUGGCAUGACCAUGAUUGGGACAGUCAGGGGCAACAAGGCAGAGAUUCCAGAGGAGAUGAAGGACAAGACCACACGGGCUCCAGGUUCCAGUGCCUUCUUGUUCACCAAGGACAUGACACUGGUGUCGUAUGUGCCCAAGACCCCUUCCAGCAAGAAGAUUGUCCUCCUCUUGUCCUCAAUGCAUGACAAUAAUUCCUUGGCCAGCAGUGGAAAGCCAACGAUAAUUGAAGACUACAACAGGACGAAAGGAGGGGUGGACACUUUCGACCAAAUGUGUGGGCAGUAUUCGUGUGGCAGGAAGACUAAGAGGUGGCCGCUCUGUGUCUUUUAUGGCAUGGUCAACACUGGGGUCAUCAACUCGAGGAUCAUCUACGAGGAAAAUAUGAAGAGAGCAGGUGGCAAGCAGAUCAAGAGGAAGCAGUAUAUGCAGGAGUUGGCUGUGUUGCUGAAGCCGCAGCAGCUCGGGAGCAGCACCCCCUUUGGCACUGGCUCACACAACCUGAGAGACCGUAUGAGCAGUCUGGAGGUCAUCGGAUGA